CUUUUUUAUGAUUAUAACUGAAAUAAAAUUAGGUUUUAUUUUAAGUAUUAAGUGAUUACGUUAUAAAAUAUCGAAAAAUAUUUAUAUUUUUUAGAUAUUUUAUAAUUUAAUAAAUCCAUAAAAUUAUUGAAGUUUAAUCAUUGCCUAUUAUCAUCCUGCAAUUUUUAUUAGUUGUUUUAUGUAUGAAUUUUAAACAAUUGAAGUUUUCAUAACAUGUUUAAGUACGAUAUGAUGUCCAACAGAAACUAAGACUGAGUUUGUAAAAUACCUGAUUUUUAUUCAAAUGAAACAUUCAAGUAGAUUACUUUAUAUUAGGAUUCCAAUCUUGGUUUCUGUUUCAACUAUAAUUUACCUAUAUCUGUUGCUAGUGCUCAUUGCAUUUACUAAUACCAUGUGAA